GGGCUGAGAAGAAAGGGUGAGGUAAGUUGUGAGGGAGCAAAAGAGGCAAAAGAAAUAUCAAACAGAGGAUAGAGGGAGAGUUUAAACAAAGAGGCAUGCUCAAAAGCUGAGCCAAAAGCAAGCCAAGGAAGGAGAGACAAAAACCUUUGAAGCCACAAUCCGUUAUGUGUGACACUCCACUCUGGUCAAGUAUUCCAGCAUCUUUUUUUUACAGCUUCUCUUGAGUCUUGGAUGCAGCAACGCUAAGACAUUAAGAUCACAGAUUCAGUAUCACAACACCAGCCCCCCUCCCCUCUCUCUUUCGCCUCCUCUCCCGUUUAGUUUUUGCACUUGUAGGGCAGGACUGAGCAGGCUGACAGACAGAGCACACAGCUGGUGUCCUGGGUCUGUUAGAGACCCUGGGAUCCACGGAGAGGAGGAGUUCCAGUGGAGUGAGCACGCAGCAACAGGAGUCCUGCACACGGCCAGAACAAAAGCCAUUGGACUCCUUGUGUGUCGCUUAAAAGCUACAGACUGACACUGACAGAGCACUGUCACAAGGGGGAUUUGAGCUGAAUGAGUGUAUGUGUGGGUGUGUGUGUGUGUGAGUGAGUGAGUGAGAGAGAGAGAGAGAAAACACUCCUCAGGUGCAAGAGCUUUUGGACUGUAAUCAAGGAUUUCAGCUUGACAAGAGCCUGGAGUAAUGUUUUAAAGAAUAUUGCACAGCUGUUGUUACCUGUUGGGUCUUUGGUUGGAAAUAGGAAGGAGAUAUCCUACACAAGCUUUACAAAAUAAAAGCUCAAUAUUUAAUAUCACUCCUAAAAGACUGGAUCCACACACCUCAAGGAGAGAGUAACGUUCACCAACGUGGAGCAAGGUGGUAGCGAAAAAGAUGCCCACCACAAAAAUAAAAAACCUUCUAUUGAAAAGCAACAUUGAGAGAAGGGUGAUGAUAGACUCGAGUUAAGCUCUGAGAGACAGACAACUCCAGAGGAAAACACAGCACUCUGGUCAGAGUUUUUUUUUCCAGGACAUCAGAAGUGAUUUGACUCCAGCGUUGAGCAUUACAGUUGUUAUCCACUCAGGAAUAUGAGUCCGUCUCCGAAGUGAAAAGCCUUUCAUGUGGGAGCCCGUGACUAUCUUCAAGUUUGAGAGGAAUCUGCCUUCUUUUUCUGCAAGCGCCGUCAGGAACCAAGAGUUCUCACUUUUCACGGAUUAUCCAGCCACUCAGCAGGGGAGCUUAAUGCAAGAAAUGCCAGAGGCAAGUUCAUUCGUAGGUAACACGCCCUCCUGAAUUAGAUUUCCUCCAAGCCACCAGGAUUUGGAUUUGUCUACAACCGCCUCUGCUGUCUGCUGAUGACAUAUGGCUUUCUGAAAGGAGCUUUACUAUCAUUAAAAUACACAUCAGCACCGAGCCACCACAAGAUACUGGAGUAAGUCCAAGAUGGCCACCUCCGUGCAUCCUAUCUUGGUAAGCUUCUCCCUGGCCAUUCUCCUAGGGUUGACCUCUCUGGGUGGACUGAACUCUUGGCCGUCAGGUCAGGCUUUGGCCCAGUUCUUUUCCAACAACGAGACAACCGACCCUUCUAUGAUACCAGAGGCUGCGCUGGCAACACCCACACCAGAUGCCCCACCAGAGGACAAAACAGCUCCAACUAGCGGUAACCGUUGCUGGGGUUACUACGACGUCAUGGGCCAGUGGGACCCGCCCUUCAACUGUAACGCAGGUAUUUACCUGUUCUGUUGUGGCUCCUGCUUCUAUCGCUUCUGCUGCCAGUUCAAAGUCCACAGUUUGGACCAGACUUCCUGUUCCAACUAUGACACACCCGUCUGGGCAAACACCGGGGGGCCAGCGGCAACCGUCACAGAGGUCCAAGAGGAACCGGACAAGGAUCGGACCCACAUGAUCGUGUAUAUUAUCUGUGGAGUGGUGGCCAUCAUGGUGUUGGUCGGGAUUUUCACCAAGCUCGGGCUGGAGAAGAGUCAGGGAGGACAGACGGAUAUGACCAACUCCAGGACUCUGACGGAGCUUAUGAAGCAGCCAGGGGAGGCAGGAAUGGUGGAUGGAACCGGCGUUCAUCAUCCUAUAGGGACCAACGGCAUCUCCGCCAGGUCACUACGCUCCAACAAUGUGCCACAUGGGGCCAGUGCCAAUUAUAUCUGCACUGAGCUCGUCAACGACACCCCACCAGAGAGACAGAGAGAGAGAGACGGAGGGAAUGGAGUGAAACAGAUCAAAUAUGGUUUAAGAAUAUAUCAUAACCAUUUGAACAACGCAGCCUUGUCUCCCCUGGGUCCAGCCAUGGCCUUGUCUCACCCUCACAACAACCUGGGAAUAGGCUUCAACAAGUACACCUCGCUCAAGGCCGUGGACACGGCUGCAAGAGACUACUACAAGAGCUACCCAAUGGUAGAUUACACCCACCGCCAGUCCCCUCCCACUUUCCAGCCAAUCAACUUCCACCCCAAGGACAAGCCCUUCCUACCGCCGCCCGACAUCCAUGCGCCGCUUGCGAUUACCAUCAACACCUCCCAGAUCCCCAAGCCUAAGAUCUCCAAGACCAACACCCAUCCGCUCACCUCCAGCUCGGCCUUCAAAGCAUGGGACCCCAGUAAGAGCCACAUCCAGCACCCGGUGGCCACCCACAUGGUCCUCCAGGGGCAGCAGCACCACCCCAUCCAGCAGCAACAGCAGCAGCAGCACCACCACCCUAUCCAGCAGCAACAGCAGCAGCAGCACCACCCUAUCCAGCAGCAACAGCAGCAGCUGCACCACCCCAUCCAGCAGCAGCAGCUGCACCACCCCAUCCAGCAGCAGCAGCACCAGUCGCUGCAUCAGCAGAACAGCCGGCGCCAGGCCUACUCCAACAAGAGGCAGUUCAGCAUCGAGACGCUGCCCGAGCUCUUCUCGCAGCCGCUGGGCUACGGCCACUCGCCGCACGUGCACCCCAAGCACAAGGGACUACCCACCAACAGCAAGACGGAGGUCACUGUCUGAACAUGGGGAUGAAUGGCUGAAUAGCCAGAAGAGGAAACCAAGUGGAGUUUUAGGCGACUUUCAAAGAAAUGCUCCGAUAUCUUUUAUAUCCACAGCCGUAAAUGGCGAGAGGGGAGAAAGCAAAAUAUCGUGUAUAAUCAUUUUUUUUUUUAACAUCUUCCUCAUCGUUGUUGACAACAAUAAUAAGAACAUGAGUGAUAUUUCUGUACUUUUUAAGACCACUGGAUCAAAACAGCAGCAGCAGAUUAGCUGUGAAGGUGGCGGAUCGGCAGGAGCUGGCUUUGAACGCAGCCACUCACACUAAAUAAUUGAGUAGCCUCUCAGUGUGUUGGCACAGCUCUCUCCUCCUUCUCCUCUCAACCUCCUCUCACCUCAAUGACACUCUGCACUGCUCUGUAGCACCACUCCAAUGCGCACAAAUGUUCAAAUCUCACACACAGACACUAUUUACCCCAAAGACUAGCCCAGACGCACUCUGCCCACUUUUUCGGAGACUGUCAGAGAGGCUG